CAUGGCCGCGUCCUUCAUCGGUGUGUUUUUGUUUGCAGUGUAAACCCAUGUGUGUGAAAUUGUCAGAGUCGGAGGCUUGUUCAAGUUAAUGACAGAGUGAAUUAGUUCCGGGUCGAAGAGAGAAAACUGGGGCUUCAUACAACAUGGAGAGACGAGAGUUUAUAGCAUCGCUUGUGGCUGGAGGCUGUGCAGGCAUGUGCGUUGACCUCACGCUCUUCCCCCUGGACACAAUUAAGACGCGUUUGCAGAGUCAGCAGGGCUUCCACAAGGCCGGGGGAUUCAGGGGCAUCUACGCCGGAGUGCCCUCUGCUGCCGUGGGAUCUUUUCCAAAUGCUGCUGCGUUCUUCGUCACGUACGAAAGCGUCAAGUCUCUGCUCGCAGGCUGUUUCUCCACACGCAUGGCUCCAGUCACGCACAUGAUGGCAGCGUCGCUCGGAGAAGUCGUUGCGUGUUUGAUCAGAGUCCCGACAGAAGUGGUGAAGCAGAGAACUCAGGCCUCUCCCUCGCUCCACACACACCAUGUCCUGCUAGCCACUCUGCGUGAGGAGGGAGUCUGGGGACUCUACAGGGGAUUUGGCAGUACAGUUCUCCGAGAGAUCCCGUUCUCUUUGGUGCAGUUUCCUCUCUGGGAAUAUUUAAAGACUCUGUGGCGGAGGAGGCAGGGGGAACGGCUGGACUCUUGGCAAGCUGCAGUUUGUGGAGCUGUUGCAGGUGGGGUCGCAGCAUUUGUUACGACACCUCUGGAUGUGGCCAAGACAAGGAUCAUGCUAGCUAAGGCUGGUACUUCUACGGCCAGUGGAAACAUCCCUCUGGUUCUGUACGAGGUGUGGAAGUGUCGGGGUGUGUUUGGGCUCUUCGCGGGUAGCAUCCCCAGGAUGACCUUCAUCAGCUUGGGCGGGUUCAUCUUCCUCGGAGCUUACGAAAAAGUGCGCCAGUUGCUCCUAUAGAACUUUCGAUAGCACCCUAAUAUCGGGCUGUAAGGAAAGAAAAAAAAAUCCCUGUCUGAUCUUAAGCCUGAAGCACCAGCUUAAAGGUCUUGUACAGGGGUGCUGGAACACCUGGCACUCGAGGACUCGCCAACCAACCAAUUUGCAUUCCUGAUCAUCAGUGCACAGCAUAAUGACUUUAACUACACAAGUUGCAGGUACUUUUUAAACCAGCGCUGCCGCAGUGAUCACGUUCAGCAUGGAAGUCUUCUGUUUUAAAUAAAUGUUAUUAAAAGAGUUUUAU